AUACAUCCUUAAGCGCCCGGGGAACCCCACAUAAGCCACACGUGUCCCGCCAGCAACACCUACUGAACCAUUCACCUGCCACAGGUCUUGGUCAGUAUCACCUCCUCUCAAGCAGUCGUCAACACCUUCACCUCUCCUGCAGAAGCAACGAUGAAGCUGUUGCUGCUCUCAGCUCUGUUGUUUGCGAUUGUUGUUGUGGGAACAACUUCUCAGCCCACACUCUACCCUUGGACAGGCUGUCCGGAUCCCAACUCGUUCGGAUGGUUCUGCUUUGCAUACAUUGACCAGUGUUAUUCUGACCUGGACUGUUGGUGGACUGGCAGGGGAAGCAAGUGUUGUCUUGUUGCUGGCUGUGGCAGGUCGUGCAUGUACUAAGGUCAGGAGGAACAAAGGGUACGCUACAGGAGGGGCAGAAGGGCACGCAUUUGGAGCAAGUUGUAAGAGCGUUUUCAUAUUAUCUAUGAAAUGAUUUCAGCCAGUGGAGGCGCUGUGUAACAUUCCCUAAUAAAAUCAGCAUUACACGCGUCCAGAAUAUUUCCAUCCAUCAAGAGUACUUGGAACCUGUUGGGGAACACACUCUAAGAUGCUCCAGCUCAAUUGGACGAGUUGACACCUUGACUCCACAGUUUUACUAGCAACUAUCAAACUCAAGAAGGCACAACUGACAUGAACGUAUCAAGAUAUGCAAAACAACUCACAAAACUUGCAGAAAUCGCACAAUAAAUGGACAACAUCCCACAAUAAAUGAAAAAAGCCCACAAUAAAGGCAGAACAGCGCACCACAUAAGAAAACCUUUUAGUAAUUAGUGGAGUUUUAGUUUGUGUAUCCAAGCCUUUAAUUUUGUAUAAAGAUUAAGCUUGACAUUUUCCUAGUAGUACUAUCACUUACAUUAUAUAUGUAGUAAGAGAACGCUUGACAUUUUCCUAGUGGUAUUAUUACUUGUAUUUUACUUUUAUCAAUGUUAGGCUUG